AUGUCCUUAGCCGUUGCUAUCGCAUUAAUUGUUCUUAUAACGGAGUUUAUUCUUUGGUUUGGAUAUUCACAAAUCGCGAGUUUGGCAUACGGCAUUUAUUUAAAUGUUUUUGAAAAGGAGAGGAUACAAAAACAAAGGAAAAUCAAGAGAGACAUAUUGAAUGUUAAACAUGACUUGACAAGAACAAGUUCUCAGGAUCAAUUCGCCAAAUGGGCAAAGCUGAGACGAAAAUUGGAUAGUAAAAUGAGCGAAUUAGAUAAAAUUAUUCCAUUAUAUCAUAGUUACGCACCUGAAUCCUUGAAACAACAAGGUCCUUUGGUGAUCCAAUGGUGUACCAUAAAUAUUCAGAAAUUCACACCCAUUGUAGUGCAAUGGGUUAAUACUAAUGCGAAAACAUUAUGUAACGUUAUUAUUGAGAAAGCUAAACCGGUAGCAAUUACAAAGGUACCUCCUUCAACAAAUAAAGCAUCAGUCGCUUCAACAUCAAAAGAAGAGGAUCUUAUUAAUAGUACCGAGACAAAGGAGGACGAGAAAGUCUUGGAAAGAGGUUAA